AAUUGGCCGAGGCGGGAGUGCGUCACAGCGGCAGGUGUAGCUGGGAGAUGGUGUUCCUUCGUAAGUUAGCGGAGAGCAAUUGGGAGUUUCCUGCGUACGUACUGUUGACAGGAGGUGUCAGGAGCGGACGGCCAGAGGAUUUUAUGGACGAGUUCCUCGGAGAUCAGUGUGUAAAAUGGGACAGGCCACAUCAGGGACUGAGCUGGAUGCUCCUGAAGACAAGCUAGUCAACAUCCGGACAUUUGUGGAAGAUCAGCUGCAGACUAGUAUGAUGGUGGGGAUUAUGAUUGGUGCUGGCAUCUCAGUUGUCCUAAUUGCCAUACUGAUAUUGUUUGUCUUCCGAAGGAUCCAGCGAAAACAUGUUCAGCCACAGGAGACUCCAAAAUACCGAUUUCGUAAGAGAGACAAAAUGCUGUUCUAUGGACGCAAAAUUAUGCGUAAGGUUUCCCAGUCCACCUCAUCUUUGGUUGGAACCACUGCCUCCAGGCCACGCUUGAAAAAGAAGCAAAAGAUGUUCAACAUUGCCAAAAAGAUCCUUCAGUUCAGGAAAGAAGUCCCCACCCUGCAACAAAAAGAACCCCCGCCUUCUGUCCUAGAGGCAGAUCUGACUGAGUUUGAUGUGGCCAACUCACACCUACCCUCUGAGGUCCUCUACAUGCUCAAGAAUGUCAGGGUGCUGGGACAUUUUGAAAAGCCUCUGUUCCUGGAGCUCUGCAAGCACAUGGUAUUCCUGAAAUUUCAGCAGGGCGAGUAUGUGUUUCGUCCUGGUCAGCCCGACAGCAGCAUCUAUGUUGUGCAAGAUGGCAAGCUGGAGCUCUGUUUAGCUGGACAGGAUGGGAAGGAUGCCGUGCUGAAAGAGGUGUUUCCAGGAGACAGUGUCCACAGUCUUCUCAGCAUCCUCGAUGUUAUUACGGGUCACCAGAAGCCCUAUAAGACGGUGUCUGCCCGUGCUGCUGAUGUCUCCACUGUUCUUAGGCUCCCAGUAGAAGCCUUCCUGUCAAUCUUUGAAAAGUACCCCGAGAGCCUGGUCCGCGUGGUGCAGAUCAUCAUGGUCCGCUUGCAGAGGGUCACCGUUCUGGCCUUGCACAAUUACCUUGGCCUGACAAAUGAGUUGUUCAGUCAUGAGAUGCAGCCUCUUCGUUUGCAGCCUCAGUCACUCCACCAGGCCCGGACCAGUCCCAUCAGGCAUAGCAAGCGUUUCAGCAGCAUAUGCACUACUGAGGAGAAUGCUGGUAAACCAGGGGAGGUGACAGCCGCCAAAGAGCUGAGUGAUACUGUCAAAAUGGCAUUGCAGGAAGGCACCACAGUACCAACCCUCAGCAGAGCUGUCUCUAUGCCUGUCGAUAUCUCAGGGAUGCAAAGAGGACGUCGAUCUGAUUUUGACAUGGCCUAUGAGCGAGGAAGAAUCUUGGUCUUCCAGCAGGAUGACGGCACAUCUGGACCACCAGCCUUCACACGAUCCAUUUCUCAGGAACCACGGGAAAGGAAGUCUGUGAUGGUGGAAGAGCAACCGUCUGGGGUGUUCCUGUACCCUGAUGAGGACUCGGCAGACAGUUUAUUUGAACCACUGCUAGGGCGGCAAACAUCAAGUCUCUUUGAAGAAGCCAAAAACGAAAUUCUGCGACUAAUGUGCAUCGAGGAUGCCUCUCUAUUAAAUGGUCGGGUUACACUGCAUCAUGCCAAGGCCGGGACUGUUCUUGCACGACAAGGAGAUCAGGAUGUAAGCCUUCACUUUGUGCUGCUGGGCUGCCUUCAUGUGUAUCAGAGGAUGAUUGAUAAACAGGAGGAUGUGUGCUUGUUUGUCACCCAGCCUGGAGAGAUGGUGGGGCAGCUGGCUGUACUGACUGGGGAACCCCUCAUCUUCACCAUCAAGGCCAUCCGGGACUGCACUUUUCUCAAGAUUUCUAAGUCGGACUUUUAUGAGAUAAUGCGUGAGCAGCCCAGUGUUGUCCUAAGUGCAGCACACACAGUGGCCAUCCGGAUGUCCUCCUUUGUCCGGCAGAUGGACUUUGCUAUUGACUGGAUGGCAGUGGAGGCCGGGCGAGCUCUUUACAGGCAGGGUGACCGGUCUGACUGCACCUACAUCGUCCUUAAUGGUCGCCUGAGAUCUGUGAUCCUCAAGUCAAAUGGCAAGAAGGAACUAGUUGGCGAGUAUGGCAGAGGAGAUCUCAUCGGGGUGGUAGAAGCUCUGACCCGACAGCCACGUGCCACCACGGUCCAUGCAGUGAGAGACACAGAACUUGUGAAGCUGCCCGAGGGAACACUGAACAACAUCAAGAGAAGAUAUCCACAGGUUGUAACAAGGCUGAUCCAUCUCCUUGGGCAGAAGAUCCUGGGAAACCUGCAGCAAGUCAGAGGACCUUUUUCAGGUUCUGGCAUGGCCUCCAGCCAUGAUGUGACCAAUCCUGCCAGCAAUCUGUCUACAGUGGCAGUGCUGCCUGUCUGUGAUGAUGUGCCAAUCAACGCUUUCAAUCUGGAGUUGUACCAUGCUCUGAGUGCCAUUGGACCCACAUUAUUGCUCACAAGUGAUAUUAUCCGAGAGCGUCUGGGAUCCUCUGCCUUGGACAGCAUUCAUGAAUACCGCCUUUCAGGGUGGCUGGCACAGCAAGAGGACAUCAACCGCAUUGUACUGUACCAGACAGACUACACCAUGACCCCAUGGACCCAGCGCUGCAUUCGGCAAGCGGACUGCAUUCUGAUCGUGGGUCUUGGAGAUCAAGAGCCCAACCUCGGGGAGCUUGAACAGAUGUUAGAGAACACCGCAGUCCGUGCUCUCAAGCAGUUAGUGCUGCUACAUAAGGAGGAUGGACCCGGCCCGGCCCACACUGUCGAAUGGCUGAACAUGCGCAGCUGGUGCUCAGGUCAUCUGCACCUCAAGUGUCCACGUAGAGUCUUCUCUCGCCGCAGCCCCCCUAAACUGAGAGAAAUGUACGAGAAGGUGUUUGCAAAGACAGCUGACCGGCAUAGCGACUUUUCCCGCCUUGCUCGAGUCCUCACAGGGAACAGCAUUGCCCUUGUGUUGGGAGGUGGGGGAGCCAGAGGUUGCUCUCAUGUUGGGGUGAUUAAGGCCAUGGAAGAAGUGGGAAUCCCCAUCGACAUCAUUGGAGGAACGUCAAUUGGCUCAUUCAUUGGUGCACUGUAUGCUGAGGAGCGUAGUGCCGUCCGCACAAUGCAGAGAGCCCGCGAGUGGUCCAAAUCAAUGAAUUCUGUGUUCAAGACUGUGCUGGAUCUCACCUAUCCCAUCACCUCCAUGUUUUCUGGUUCUGCCUUUAAUGCAAGCAUCUCAAAGGUGUUUCAGGACAAGCAGAUCGAGGAUCUGUGGCUGCCCUAUUUCAAUGUGACGACUGACAUCACCGCAUCAGCUAUGCGUGUUCACAAGGAUGGCAGUGUUUGGCGCUAUGUCAGGGCGAGUGCUUCCUACACCCCUUAUUUACCUCCUCUCUGCGACCUCAAGGACGGGCAUUUGCUUGUGGAUGGCUGCUAUGUAAACAAUGUCCCAGGCUCACUAUGGCGGUAUGUACGGGCUAGCAUGACCCUUUCCGGGUACCUACCGCCACUCUGUGACCCAAAGGACGGCAACUUGCUCAUGGAUGGAGGCUACACCAACAACCUGCCAGCGGACAUAGCCAGGAACAUGGGGGCCAAAACCGUCAUUGCCAUUGAUGUGGGCAGCCAAGAUGAGACAGACUUGUCCAACUAUGGCGACAGCCUCUCGGGGUGGUGGCUGCUCUGGAAACGCAUCAACCCAUGGGCAGAAAAAGUCAAGGUCCCAGACAUGGCAGAGAUUCAGUCGCGGCUGGCGUAUGUGUCCUGCGUCCGUCAGUUGGAGGUCGUAAAGAACAGUGCCUACUGCGAGUACAUCCGGCCACCCAUCGACCGCUUCAAAACCAUGGAGUUUGGAAAGUUUGAUGAGAUCUACGAUGUUGGCUACCAGCAUGGCAAAGUUGUGUUCAGCAGCUGGAAACGGGGUGACAUCAUAGACAACAUGCUGAAGGAUCGGAGGUCGGCAGACUUUAAUGACAGAAAGAAAGCUGAGAGUGGCUCCUGUUUACCUGCAGACUUCACGGACCUCGCAGAAAUAGUUUCCCGAAUCGAGCCUGUUCAGAGUUUUGUGGCUGCUGAAGCCGAGGAGUCGGACUAUCUCACUGAGUAUGAGGAGGAUGGGAUAGAAGCUGUGAGAGAGGAAGAGGGUGGAGAGGAGGAGGAGGAGGAGGACGAUGAUGACGAAGGGGAAGAUGAAGACCCUGACAACCAGUUGCAAGCAGAGUGGGCCAAGCAAAGUGCAUCUGAGAUGGAUGAAGAAACGUCCAUCCGCAAUCGCAAGAGGCUGACCUCAGAUGUAUUCCCCUCUGUGGAUGUGCCUGAACCUUAGUGAAGACAGAGGACACCACAGGAUAAUAAAGGACGCUGAGCCUCCCACCUGAGCCAGGGACACACGCACAGGAUUGGGGGCAUGAAAACACAGACAAGUGUGGCUCUGCUUCGAAGGAUUAGAUGGCUUAUCCUAAUGGUGGAUCCUACAGAGAUGCUCUUACUUUGUUCAGCAUGUUUCUUGUAAAAAUAGGAAAAAGCAAGACUCCUUUAGGAAGCUCCCACCAAAGACCCCCUUAUCAGUGUUACUGAAGACUGGCGGAGAAUAUCUUGGAAACAGAAAAGUGGCAAUGGUAACCCAUUAGGACCCAGGGGCACCUGGCAAGCAGGCUUGACUUUUUUAAAAGGUUAACAGAAAACAGUCCCAAAAAUCACUGUCCUCCAGAUGUGGUCUCUUGUCACUCUGGUAGAAAUGCCAGGCUUCUUUUGUUUUAUAAACCCGUCACUUUCUGCAUAGUGCAGGUGUGUCUUAAAGUAAAUCCGCACUUUCCUAAGUUACGCUGCAGAGCUUACCAGACAUUUGCUUUCAUGUGUAUGUACACCCAGAACCUCCUUGUUAUUGCCUCACAAAGUAUGGCAACUGUAUUAGAAAGUCAAGUACAGUGUGAAUUUAAAGCAUACAGAAUCACGACAAAAUGGGUGAGCACUCAUAUGACACUGUGUUUGUUCAGGACGUAUGGUCACUGCGUUAGUUUGCACCUGUGCAAAAAAGAGCAGCCUGUAAAGAGAUUAAAAUGCACCUCAUUUAAUGCGCUAUGCUGUUUCCUAACUCCUGAUUUAUUGUUACCUUUGCAAUAUCCACUUUCAAAUGCUGCUUGCCUUGGUCAGGAUUGGAGAAGCCAGUGUUACAUGAUAGGUAAUGGAUCUGGAUGAUACUUCAGUUUAUUACGUUUCAUAAUUUUACAUCAUUUGUGUGAGAGCAGGAGCCAUUAUCAGUUACUGUUUUCAGUAAACAUGGAUGUUUAAAAGAGGCACACUGCGUCUAUUGUGUAAUAGAAGUAAAAGCUAAGCUAAUAAAGGACAAGGCAGACUUCUCAAACUCUGCCUUGUUAUAACUUGCGCAGGUAACAUUGAGCUAUGAGAAGUGACAAAUCCUAGCCUGUCAACACUGGGAGACCAACUACCGCCUUUCCAAGCAUGAACAUUCAAAGAUGGCAAAAAUAGCCACCUCUGUUACGUGUCCUGUGCUCAUACCAGAUGGGUGGCUAAAAUGUGACGGUUACUCGCGCUCAAUGGCGUACCUCCUAGGGUGACCUUUUACAUGUCACAAGUGAUGUUCUUCCUCGGCUCUGCUCUUUUGGAAGUACUGUUAAGGUUGCCCUAUGAAGCUGUCACCUAGCAGCACCUACCAGGGUUGCAAUAGACAAAACCAUAGACGUUCAGUUACAUGGCAGGGUUCCACCUCCAUAACAGUAUGAAAUGUGUGUCUGUUUAAAAUACAAAGUCAGUGUAUACACGUAGCAGAGGGCGAUAAACCGGCAGAUGGGGAUACCGGAUAAAAUUCUUGCAGGGUGCAUUAAAAAAAAAAUGAUAGAAAGCGUGUUUUAUGUUUAAAUAUAUCCACACGUUUAACAACACAUCAAUAAAUGUGCACACAACAAAAAACAGAAAUGUUUUUUCAAUUGGAGUAUUUGUGUCUUAAAAGUAAUGUCUGGGCUUGCGUGUUUUCUGUGUGUAACAGAUCCCUUUAGGAAUGUUACCCAGGGUGCUGUGCGGUUCAGCCUAGUUGGGGAGUCAGUACUGGUUGUGCUCCCUGUGACUCCCUUUUGGAUUAAAUAGGUUUGACAAUUUAAAGGUGGAGAUCUGAAAUGAGGAGGGAGCACACAAAAAAAAAUGCGGCUAGUACAGUGUUUGCUUGGCGGUGGUGUGAGGGAGGGAGUGAGGAAGAAGAAGCAGCACUUUCAUUGGUUCAAGUCGUAGACGUGAACACCUGCUGUCAGAUCAGUUGGAGUAGCAGAACACUAACAAGCAUGGCAGGUAAGAGGCACACCUGUGUGCUUAACUAAUCACUAAUAGAUUUGUUAUUUGCUAAAAAAAAUGUUUCUGUCUUAAAAGUAUAUACAAGUAACUGGAGUAUAUCUACCAGCAUCUCACAAUUCUUAAGUAUACUGUGACAUUCAUUUUAGGUCGCAUCACCCAAUCCUGUAUGUUUGUUUUACUGUGCGCAUCUUUAAAUUUGAAUUAAGCAGCAGUCCCACAACGUAUGUCUUUACACCCCAGGACCCCAUCACUGGUGCAGUGCAACUCCAGUAUGGAGGUAGGACACAUUGUGAGUGAACAUGUGGUCUCACAAAUCCAUUUAAAGACUUGGUAUAAUUAAAGUGGACAAUAUUGGUGCCUGCUGCUCUCUUCUUUUGCCAGCCCCAUGGAUAUGGCUUGAUGUCUGUGUAUUGAAAGGUUGCAGCAGAGCAGAAGCCAAGUAAUUUUGUUUGUUUUUGCAUUUAUUUUGUCAAACAUUUCCGAAUUUGCCGUACUACUUCAUGAGAUUAAUUUUUAAGCAUCAGAACAAAAUAUAAAGACACAGAUUAUUAUAGUUUUUCAUGUUUUUGUAAAAAAGUAUCAUAUAAAGUGUGCAGUGUUGUCAUGGCCUGCGGUUUAAAGCACAACUGAAUUCACAAAGCAACAUCAGAGCCACCUGACUGUAGUGAUGGAGCCAAAAGACAUCAUUUCAAUUAUAAGCAUCAAUGUACAAAAUGGUGGAUCCGCAGGGCCCAGCAUACAAGCCACAGUUUAAUAAUUGUGUGACAUUGUUCACACUUUAUAGUCCCCAUUGAACACUGACAUCAGCCCACACAUUGACAUUUAAGGCCUUCUUGCUGUCCCAAUAGUUUUGGUUGUUCUUACUUUCCAUCCUUGGACAAAUCAAAACUAAGAUUAACCGUGCUGAGACAGCGUGACAGCUGCUUUUCUCCAUGAUGGAUGAUAAGUGCUCUUUCUUCAUUUAACGGAUAUCUUGAUGUGGGUCAUCCAUGUUUUACACAGUAAUGAGAGCCAGAGGACAUUCUCCUUACUGUCCUCUUCACAAAAUGUCAUCUCAUCUUUGACUUCCCCGUGUCCAUGUGUGCUGUUUGUUUUCAAAGAUGGUCCUGGCCUUUCAUGUUAAAAGCACACCUCCACUUGUGGUUUGUUUGGUAGCAUCUUCCCUUCCAUGUUGUCAUUUAGAGCUCCUUAUUCACAGAGGACAGAGCCGCAUGGUGGGCUUGCCUGAGCUAUGCUACUCACGGGGCAUCUUAACCUUUUGAUUCAUUCUUUUGUCAUUUUAUGUUAUCCUAGUUUUCAUAUUUGUCCUACUGCUGCAAUAUUGUAUAGUAACGUUUCUGUGAAGCGCGCUAGAGGUGGCCACCUAAAUCCUCUGGCCUUCGUGUCAGUUUGGUUUCUUCAUUCCUAAAUAACAGCACAACUGGGACUGGUGGAUAUUUCAGGAUGGGAACAGUUUGUCUUGUAUUUGUAAUUAUAUUCCCUGUAUAGUCGUUGGAGCAAAUCAAAGGCUAUUAGAAGAAGGAUUUAUAUGGGACUAUAAUUUUAAACUAAUCUAUUAUUUCAAAGAUACAAAAUGUUAUGCAAUAUUGUUUAAUAAGAUGCAAACAUGACAUUAAAAUUUGGAGAAUGCUUUAA